AUGUUUUAUCUUAGCAAAAUUGAGCACACACUGCGUUUGCCUCCUCAUCUCCUUAGCCGUCCUCUUGAUGAAGCUAUUAAAUUAGAGUUAGAAAAUAUUUUCUUAGAUAAGGUUGUUGCAAACUUGGGACUCUGCAUUUCUGUGUAUGAUAUCUUCAAAAUUGAAGGUGGAUUUAUUUUUCCAGGAGAAGGUGCUUCCACAUAUACGGUCGAGUUUAGAUUGGUUGUGUUUCGCCCCUUUGUGGGAGAGAUCAUUGCUGCUAAACUUAAAGAAUCUGAUGCCAAUGGUUUGCGCUGUAUGUCUAACAACGAUCUCAGUACCUUAUUUUGUUGUGAUCUACUCUAGAUAUGCAUCCACUUGUAAUAUUUUCCUUAUUUUUUUAUAUACCUUUUUAAGAAGUAUGUAUCAUAUGGAUGGAUUUGCUCCUUUAAUUUUCUCGAGGGCUGGAGGGGGAGUUUAACCUUCUAGUUUCAUGGUUUUUUGCUAAGGAGUUCCAAUAAGGACUGUAGAUUGGAUAGUCUUU